CUCAAGAGGACAGCACAGGGGCGGGGCACGCAUGGGGUGGCCGUAGUAGUUUCUCAUAUAGACGGAAAUCGCCAGCGGGUGCCUCUGUCUUGGUUGCUUCUCUCAGUUUGUUGCUGGUCUUUUCCCGUCUAUCGCUCUAGUGUGCUCGGCUUGCUCUCUGCGGUUCUUGCUCUGUCUUGUCGGAAAUUUCGACAAGAUGGCGCCGCAGGCUUCUCCUUAACUAUAGGACCCACUGCCCACGCCGGCGCUUCCUUCCACCUCUUAUCUUUGGCGUUUAAGACCUUGAGCGCGCUCCUCCGGGUGACUGGGCACUGGGGUCGUGCCGUCUGUAGUCGGUGA